AUAAAAGUACAAUUUUUUGGCUGUCAUGAAAAUUCCUCCAAAGAAACCUCAUUUUCUCAAACCUAUGCUGCCAGGUUUCAAGCAUGAUACUAAAAUUCCUGUUGGUUUCUUGAAGUAUCUGAAGGGAUACGACCAUAUUGAACAUGCAAUACUUAAAAGGGACGGUAAGAAGUGGAUGGUGAAGGUGAACGGCCGUCGAUUCGAAGAUGGUUGGGCAGAAUUUGCGGAGGAGCAUGAUUUGCAAUUGGGAGAUAUGUUGGUGUUUAGACAUGAAGGUAAUAUGGAGUUUGAGGUAAUCAUAUUUGAUUCAAGUCAAUGUGAUAGAGAAUAUGCAGAGUAUGUGCAACAAGAAGAAGGGGAAGUCCAUACUCUUGAAGAGACUUCCAAGAAUUUUGAAUUUAAAGAUGCUGCUAUUCACAACUCUGUUGGUCAAUCAUAUUUUAUAUGCACUGUUAAACCAUAUUGCCUUACAAAUGGUCUCUUGCGCAUUCCUAAACAAUUUGCACUGGCGAAUGGUCUCGCCAACAAGAAAUGCGGUUUGAUUAUCAGAGAUGAAAAACAAAGGUCAUGGGAUUUAAGGCUAACUACCUAUGGUUCUCAAGUCUAUAUAGGAGGUAGAUGGGGUGAAUUCCGUGCUGCAAAUGACAUAAAGGUGGGAAAUCAUAUAAUGUUUGAGGUUGUUACUAAUGGAGAACAACCAAUAUGGAAAUUUCAUGACAAACCAAAUCCCAGCAUCAAGUCGUUGGCAUUUCCCCACGCAGAACCUGCUACUCACAAGCCUUUUGGUUAUUCCCAUUUCGUAUGCACUGUCAAACCAUAUUGCCUUUCAAAUGAUCUCUUGUGCAUUCCUAGACAAUUUGCACAUGCAAAUGGUCUCAUCAACAAGAAAUGCGAUUUGAUUAUUAGAGAUGAAAGGCAAAGGUCGUGGAGUUUAAGGUUACGUUCUUUUGGUACUGGUGUAUGUAUUAAAGGCGGAUGGCAUGAAUUCCGUGAUACAAAUUGCUUAAAGGAGGGAGAUCAGAUAGUGUUUGAGGUUGUUACUAAUGGAGAGAAACCAAUAUGGCAAUUUCGUCGCAAUAUUUCUGGAGAAAAUGCAAGCAUAAUUCAAGAGGUUGACUGAACAAUGAAGGAGUUGGUAGAAAAAGGAAAAUUGAAGCAAUUGGAUCAACAUUUGGUGCACAACCUUAACAAAUUAUAUGUUAUAUUUUCUUCCGGAAACUCCAUGUAAUGAAUCUUUAGGUUUGGAACCUUAAGUACAGUGGUCGGGGAGUGGUCUGGGUAACAGCAGGAAAAGUGCUCGUGGGUGAAACAUCAGGCGAAAGUGCUAUUUCUUGGCCAUUGGAUCAACAAUGAUGUAAUAUGUUCAUGGAGAAAUUACUUU